AUGGGCGAGACUGACGACAAGCCAAUGGCUGAAGUCCAGCAUGUCGACGACAGCCGCCCCGGCGAAUGGAGCCUUGAAAGUGUGCUGCCAAAGACCGGCAAGCCAUGGUAUAAGCAGCGUCAUUUCGUGCUGCUAAAUCUGAUGAUGAUCAUUCCCUAUCUAUCUUCGACCACCAACGGCUACGAUGGAUCGAUGCUCAACGGUCUACAAUCCAUGAAACAAUGGCAGCAUUUCUUUGACUUUCCAGGCGGUUCUCGGCUGGGCUCUCUGUCGAACGGGGUGAUCUUCGGCCAGAUUCUGGCUUUUCCAAUUGCCCCGUGGUUAUGUGACCACACUGGUCGACGGUUUCCCAUCUUUAUCGGAUCGGCUCUCCUGGUCAUCGGAGCGAUCCUUCAAUGUGCCUCACAGGACUAUGCCAUGUUUCUGGUCUCCCGCAUGAUCAUUGGGUUUGGAGGUCUGAUCGCGGUCGAGGCAUCCCCGAUGUUGGUCAGCGAGCUUGCGUACCCGACCCAUCGUCCUGUCCUGGUGGGCUACUACAACAAUUUGUGGUAUCUAGGUGCCAUGUUGGCUGCCUGGAUCACAUAUGGAACGUACUUUAUGGGACCAAAUACGUCAUGGGCAUGGCGCAUUCCAUCGCUACUGCAAGGAUUUUUUCCGUUGCUCCAGGUGCUCUUCGUGUACUUGCUUCCAGAAUCACCCCGAUAUCUUGUGCAAAAGGAUCGCCAUGAGGAGGCUCGGAAGGUGUUGGUCAAGUACCAUGCCGGUGGGGACGAAGAGUCACCACUGGUAGACUAUGAGAUGAAGGAAAUCAUCCUGCACAUCCAGGCUGCCAAAUCCGGCUCGAAAACUGGCUACCGCGAGUUCCUCAGCACACGAGGCAAUAUGCAUCGUCUCUUCAUCAUCAUCGCGGUGCCCUGCAUGAUGCAGCUGUCCGGCAACGGUCUGAUCGCCUACUACCUCCACCUUAUCCUGAACUCGAUCGGCUUCACCCAGGACCCGCAGCAGCUGCGCAUCAAUGGCGGUUUGACAGUGUUCAACCUCGGAGUGUCGAUUGCACUGUCCUCCCUGAUGGAAGUGGCUGGUCGCCGAAAGCUGUUCCUUUUCUCCACGGUGGGAAUGCUUACCUGCUACGUGAUCUGGACCAUUCUUUCAGCCAUCAACCAGGAACGGGGCUUCCACGACACUUCCCUCGGGACUGGAGUUGUCGUCAUGAUCUUUAUGUACCAAUUCUUCUAUAACGCGGGUCUCAAUGGUCCGCCUUGGGUCUAUGUUACCGAGGUACUGCCUACUCAUCUUCGAGCCAAGGGCACGAACGUCAUGCAGAUUGCCUCCACGUGUGUUCUGAUCUUUAAUGGGUAUGCAAAUCCUGUUGCGAUGACUGCGAUCACCUGGAAAUAUUAUAUUGUUUAUUGUUGUGUGAUUGCCGUGGAGAUUGUCCUGGUCUACUUUUGGUUCCCGGAGACUAAGGGGCACAGUCUGGAAGAGGUUGCGUUGAUCUUUGACGGAGAGCAAGCUUUUGGUGUCGACACCAAGGAAGAAGGACCGGGUGAGGCCUGA